ACCGCUGCCGCCGCCGCCGCCGCCGCGACGCGGCUUGAGGGCGGAAGGCUGGGGGAGGGUAGCGGAGCCGGCGCUGCCGCCAUGUUGGGUCUGAGGCGGCUGCUGUAGGCACUGACGGAGCGAGCGGGCGUGCGGACCCGGGACCGCGGCGUGGUUCUGCCUCUCUGCGAGCAGCCCAGAGCGGCGGCGGCGCCAUGAGUGGGGGCACCCCUUAUAUCGGCAGCAAGAUCAGCCUUAUCUCUAAGGCGGAGAUCCGCUACGAGGGCAUCCUCUACACCAUCGACACGGAGAACUCCACCGUAGCCCUCGCCAAAGUGCGGUCCUUUGGUACAGAAGACAGACCAACAGAUCGUCCAAUACCACCUCGAGAUGAAGUCUUUGAAUAUAUUAUAUUCCGUGGAAGUGAUAUUAAAGACCUCACUGUUUGUGAACCACCAAAACCACAAUGUUCCUUGCCUCAAGACCCAGCUAUUGUUCAGUCUUCACUAGGCUCGUCUACUUCUUCAUUCCAGUCAGUGGGUUCCUAUGGACCUUUUGGCAGGAUGUCAACUUACAGUCAGUUCAGUCCAAGUUCAUUAGUUGGGCAACAGUUUGGUGCUGUUGGUGUUGCUGGAAGCUCCUUGACAUCCUUUGGAACAGAAACAUCAAACAGCGGUACCUUAUCCCAAAGUAGUGCAGUUGGUUCAGCCUUUACACAGGAUACAAGAUCUGUAAAAACACAGUUAUCUCAAGGUCGUUCAAGUCCUCAGUUAGAUCCUUUGAGAAAAAGCCCUACCAUGGAACAAGCAGUACAGACCGCCUCGGCCCACUUACCUGCUCCGGCACCUGUUGGGAGAAGGAGCCCUGUAUCAACCAGGCCUUUACCAUCUACCAGCCAAAAAGCAAUAGAGAAUCAAGAGCACAGGCGAGCUGAAGUACACAAAGUUUCAAGACCAGAAAAUGAGCAACUCAGAAAUGAUAACAAGAGACAAAUAGUUCCAGGUGCUCCUUCAGCUCCAAGGAGAGGGCGUGGAGGUCAUCGAGGUGGCAGAGGAAGAUUUGGUAUUCGGCGAGAUGGUCCUAUGAAAUUUGAGAAAGACUUUGACUUUGAAAGUGCAAAUGCACAAUUUAACAAGGAAGAAAUUGACAGAGAGUUUCAUAAUAAACUCAAAUUGAAAGUAGAAGAUAAACUUGAGAAACAAGAGAAACCUGUAAAUGGUGAAGAUAAAGGAGACUCAGGAGUUGAUACUCAAAACAGUGAAGGAAAUGCAGAUGAAGAAGAUCCACUCGGACCUAACUGCUAUUAUGACAAAACUAAAUCCUUCUUUGAUAAUAUUUCUUGUGAUGAUAAUAGAGAACGAAGACCAACCUGGGCUGAAGAAAGAAGAUUAAAUGCUGAAACAUUUGGAAUCCCACUUCGUCCAAACCGUGGCCGUGGGGGGUACAGAGGCAGAGGAGGUCUUGGUUUCCGUGGUAGCAGAGGGCGUGGUGGUGGCAGAGGUGGUACCUUCACCACCCCUCGAGGAUUUCGUGGUGGAUUCAGAGGAGGUCGUGGGGGCAGGGAGUUUGCAGAUUUUGAAUAUAGGAAAGACAACAAAGUUGCUGCAUAGUCUACAAACAAGUCUUUGAAAAUAGGUGAAUUUCUAGUUCUUCAUGGUCCUGAGAAUUGGUUUCAGUCUUUACCAAGAAUGAAGAAGUGAAUUCGCUGUAUAUUUGUCACCAGCACUGGGUUUUUGUUGUUCGUUUGUUUGUUUGUUUGUUUGUUUGUUUGUUUUUCUGCUUAAUUUCAAAGAUACAAUACAGUUAUAUUGGGCAAGGGGGGCAGCUCAUCUUUAAAAAUGAGCAUUAAAUAUAUUUGAAAUAGCAGAAGGUUAAGUAAUUUCUUAUGUAUAGUUAAACUAAAGCAGUACUUGGACUUAUAAAGUAUUUUUUCAUCAUUGAAAGGAUUUUUCUUAUCAUUAAAUUGUAUUUGGCAAUUAUUGCAACUUGCCUGCAGAUAGGGCCGUGAUACUGUGUUUUGAGCCACAGAAGGUUAUGUGUGCGUGUGCGUGUCUUUUUCCCUUCCUUUUUUUUUUUUUUUUUUUUAAACCCUGUAACAUCCUUUUUGAGGUAGCUUAUUUCGUCAAUUAAUUAGGUUGCUGGGUGGUAGAGAAUUUUGUCAGUCGAUGUACACACAGUAAAUACUGUUUCUUAGGCAAAGGUAACUUUUUUAUAUAGUUGUAAAAUUCCAUUAUAUUCCAUUGCCAAAGAAACAUUAAGAACUUUGUAUAGCUGUAUAAAAAGCAACUAAUUUUUUAAAGAAUAAACAUUUUAAAGUCAGCAAACAUACUGUGUCCUUGCAGAAGUUGAUGUUCUGAGAAGCAAAGUUAUGGGUGGGUCUUUUAUUCAUAGUUUUCCAGGCUUAAGAUUUUUUAUUUUCAUUUUUAAUGUUUGGAACACAAAGAUUUGAUACAUUCUUUCUUUACAUAAACAAAUAAAUUACUCAUGCUCAUUGGAAGAACUUAAUUUUAUAGUAAAUGGCACAUCACAGGAUUUGUCCAAAUAAUAGAUAUUUUCAGUAUAUGAAUGUAAAUAAUCAUAGAUAAGUAUGUACUUAGCUGUAUUUUCAAAUAAGUAAUUCCCCUUCCUUUUUAAGACAAUAAAACUAGGCAUCACUAA